GGUGUACCAAAGCAUUAAAAAUUAACAACAAAAUAAAACCCAAUACCUUCGUUCAUUUUUAUUUCAGUUUCGUUUUCAUUUAAUUCAUGUUACAGCAGCCAAAUCAAAUCGAAAUCGAAACAAGUGCACAAGCCUUCACUUGAAGAAGGAGAAGAAAAGAGGGUGACGGAAAAAGGAAACGUAUUUCAGUCCGAUUGUUGAUUGCAUUGGAAUUUCGCAUUAACAAACACAAAUAUACACGAUGGCUUAUUCAAAUGGAACGGUAUUGAACUUUCACAACACAUUAUUGCGCGAAAGUGAUGUAAACCUGCUGAUGGGUCCACACUGGCUAAACGAUCAAAUCAUCUCAUUUUAUUUGGAAUAUUUAGAGAAAAAUGUGUAUCAAAAUACGCGCGGUUUGCUGUUCAUAUCACCGGAAGUGGUACAAUGUCUGAAAUUUGUGUCCGGACAAGAGAUGAGCAUUUUUCUUGGGCCAUUGAAUGCCAAAGGAAAAUCGUUCAUAUUUUUUCCACUAAAUGACAACGAUGAAGCUAAAGCUGGUGGUAAUCAUUGGAGUUUGUUAGUUUUCUCGCGGCCGGAAUCAACAUUUUACUACUAUGAUUCGCUGCACUUUGGUACAUCAUUGAAGAAAUCACUCCGACCAUUUCUUUUUGAAUUGGCUAAGGCAAUUGAUUGUCCCGAAUUUGAAGUACGUGGUGGUGAAUGCGUUAAACAAAAUAACAGUUAUGAUUGUGGCAUUCAUGUAAUUUAUAAUAUCGAAUGUUUGGCGCGACGUGCGCUCAAACAUAAUUCACUUGACGAUGAUGAAUCGACGGCAGCUGAUGAGAAUCCAACCAAAAUUACCAAUCAAAAAAUUCGACAAAAACGACAAGAUCUGCUGAAUUUGAUUCAAAAGCUUGGCGGCAAAUUAUAAACAGUCACAAAAUUAUAUGUAUACGAUCAAAAUGUAUUAAAAAAACACAUACAAAAUAAUAAUAAAAUAAAAUAAAUCGUUUUUAUCAAAUCAA